AUAUAUGUCAUCAAUAUCCAUACAGUUGAAGAACUAUAAAUAUACACCCGCGUAUUCAUCCAGUUAUCAAUCUUCCAAGUAGCACACAUCAAACAACAACCUUAAAAAUGUUCAAAUUGGUUAUCGUAACUGUUGCUUUCUUCACCUACGGAGUGAUGGCUGCUCCAGAGCCCGAAGCCAAAGCAGAAGCUAAACCAGGCGUAUUAGCAGCUGCCCCACUUGUAGCAGCAGCCCCUGCUCUAGCUCCAGCUGUAGUCACAGCAACUAGUUCUCAAGCUUUCGUGAGGAAUUACAACGCUUUAGCAGCUCCACUUGUUGCAGCUCCAGUACCAUUAGCAGCUUCUUACGUUGCAGCUCCAGGUGUACCACUUUUAGCAUCCCCUUACGUUUCUCCAUACUAUGCAUCCAAUUAUUUAGCGGCAUCUUAUGUCAUCUGAGAAAUGUUCACACGAUCUCAAUAAACAAAAAAUAUGAA